UUCGAAUCAAUAUUUGUAAUAAUUAGAACAUCGUGAUUUUGGAUGUUUGUAAAUUACAUCGAGAGGAUUAAAACGCAUAUUCGAACAUGCCAGGAAAGACUUUGCAGCUAUUUUUGAAAGGGAUUGAAGGGCAGACCACUAUAAUACGCAUCGACGAGGAUGCAACAAUAGCUGCUCUACGCAAAAAGGUUUCUGAGAUUACGCACAUCAAGGACGAUGAUCUCCGGGUCCUAUACUGUAGUAAGGAGCUCACAGCAAAGGAUGAAUAUGGGAAAACUCAGACCCUGGAAGAUUACAACAUUUCAGACCAAGCUAACCUGUUUGUCGUAUUGCGUCUCCUCGGUGGUUCAGAGACAACCGAAGAGCAACCGAAGAUGUACGACUCCGAAGUACAACUGACUGACAAGCCGGAUAUGUUUACAAUGGACGAUGAGGAGGGAGGUCAACGUGCUGAAAUGCCUUGCGGACAUGCUAUCAGUCCAGAGUCACUGACGGCAUUUUGCAGGAGUCUUUUAAGCGCCGGCAAGUACGAGUUUCGUUGUCCAUACAAGAAAUCUGCAGACGACCCUUUCUGCGACCAUGUCUGGGAGUUUUUUACUGUCAAGAGGCUCGCUGUUCUCACUAGCGAAGAACAGAAGGAAUUUGAAACAAAAGUAACUGAGAAUUAUCUGAGAAAGGCUGUCGGGAUCCAGGAAUGUCCAAAAUGUGAGUCUUUUUGUGAAAGAAAAAGCAAAAAGGACCAGAGAGUCAUCUGUCCAAUCUGCACAAGGAAGAAGGGAAAGCUGUAUGAAUUUUGUUGGUUUUGUCUCAAGACCUGGCUAACUAGUGAUACAAAAGAUUGUGGAAACUUCGGAUGCACCGGCAAAGAUCCGCGACUACGUAUUAUAGAAAAUUGUCCCAAGAAAACCGUCGUCGAAGUUCCAAAUUGCCCCGCAGUUCGUGCCUGUCCAACAUGUGGGUUGUUAAUUGAGCACAAAGAGGCGUGCAAGCAGAUGAAAUGUCCGUGUGGUCAAAAAUUCUGCUUUAUUUGUCUAAAAAAGGCCAACUCCGCCGGGAGAUAUCAGUGUGGAGUCUGGAAUUUUAAAUGUAUCGUCGCUCCCGUACAGACAACAAUUCCAGGAAAUUAAGAGAACUGCAAAACUAUGUUUUGAUAUUUUUGCUGAAAGACUACGCACCAGGUUCUACAUGUUUUUUGGAUUUUGGAGAUCCUCUAUUACAUGUCAUGUUAUUUUUGCUUUGUUUUGUUUGUCAGAUUUUCUCUUCAUUUUUCAGAUGGACAUUAGUUAUUUGUGUUGUUGAUUUACUAAUUAAUAAUUACAAAUCAUUUAAUGCGCUUCUGCAGUCGGCUCUUUUUAAUUGUAUCUUACUGACCUUAUCAGAUGUUGUUGGAAAGUAUGCCUUAAAUAAGAAGGACAGUUGAAUAGCAGCUACGGGAAUAUCAAUGGAAUUAUGAGAAUUAUAAUUGACCACAGAAUUUUUAAAGACAAUUAAAUCACAGUUACAUGCAGAUUGAUUAGGUUAUCAAAUGUUCAGAAGUUCGCAUUUAUAAGAACACGUAAUUACGCUUAUUUUUCUGUUAAUAUAUUUUGACCAAAUUCAUUAAAUGCUUUAUUUCAAUAUUCAUUUACUUGACAUCAUUUGUGCUUGUUGGUGUGUGUUAUUAAUAGAAGUGUUUGUCUUUAGGAAAUAAAAAAGAAAUCCCUAUCA